AUGAACUUUGACAUCCUUCAUGGCAGGCCGAUGCGGAUCAUGUGGUCACAGCGAGACCCUACCAUAAGAAGAUCAGGCACGGGCAAUAUUUUUAUCAAAAAUUUGAGCAAAGUCAUCGAUGAUAAGACUAUCUACGACAUCUUUUCGCUGUUUGGGAAUAUACUUUCGUGUAAGGUAGCUGUUGACGAAGAAGGAAAUAGCAUGGGCUACGGUUUCGUUCAAUUUGAGACUGAUGAGGCGGCGCAAACUGCUAUAAACAAAAUGAACGGUAUGCUUCUAGCUGGGAAAAGUGUGUGA